UUUUUACCCAAUUAAGGAAAAUUAAACUUGUUCAUAUUUUAUUUGCUCAAGAUAUUUAAGUUUACCCUAUUGCAUAUCUAAGAAAAAUAUCAAUUUUUUUAACCUUUGAUAGUAUCUAAGACGAGUUGUCAGCAAUCACAACGGAGAAUCCCUAGUGUCAUCUCCAACUGUACCACUUCGGUUUGAACGUUAUGUGUCUCUAUGUUGGCAUAGUUUCAAACUUCGUUUUCUGCUAUUUUUAUCAAACUCUUACGUAAAAACUUGAUAUUCAUUCAAAUGUCUUCUGUUUCUGCUGAAAGCAGUAACCCUGCUCCAUGGAAGCUGGAAGAGAUUGUUUCAAUUAUUAUAGUGUGCAUUAUCUUUCUUACACUGAGUGAUUGCUUCGGCGUAUUCAAGCGUCUGUUGCGUGGAAUUUCCCGAAACAGAAACCAGGUUCCAAGGAGGUUUCUAGAUGUGACCGUUCUCGACGAUGAUCCUUCCAUGCAGGUUCAAAGCCGAGGAUUGGAGUUCUGUGUGGUGCAGUCUCUUCCAACGAUUGAGUUCAAGAGAAACGAGGCAGAACAAGACAAGGGAAGUAAUGUGGAAUGUGUCAUUUGUCUUGGAGAGUUUGAGGAAGGGGAGAGACUGAAACAUCUUCCAGAAUGCAGCCAUAGCUUCCAUGUUUCAUGCAUUGACAAGUGGUUUCAGUCUCAUUCAAAUUGUCCUCUGUGUAGAGCAUUUGUGCAUCAUCCCAUGCUGCACUUUUCCGUAGAUGCUUCUCACACAUUGCUACAGCCUUUGAGGAGGGAAGACUUUGAAAGGGAUAAUCUGCCUAGCACACAACAGUUCCUUCCCCCUUGAUUUAUAAUUUUUCUUUUCUAUCUUUGCUUUCAGUUUCGAUCUUUUCUGAGGUGUGAACCCUUGGAGACUUUGAGGAAGAGGAGAAUGAGUGACAUUGUAAAUAGAAUUUGAAGGGAAAGCUAACAGCUUAGAAGCCUCCGUUUUGAUGGUUAUACGUUAUCAUAAAGCAUGUCAUGAUUAUACAAG